AGGAUGGUGUAGGAUAUUAGUACAUGAUAAAGAUAUUUCAUUAUUUAUCAAAGAUAUCAAAGUACUCAUGUGAAUUAUAAAGUGAGGACAAAUUGUACAAACAUGGAGGCAAGACAUGUAUUUUCAAGCUCUUGUGUAAUUUUGGGACUUUUUAUUGCUAUAGUUCAUGGAGCUCACUUUGAAUUUAGCGAUGGACAACAGCCAUGUAUUUUACUUGAUAUAGAUGCAACAUUUGACCUUUCAAUGGGAACCCAGAUGGCGGACCCUUUUUCAAUAGAAGGUGCCAACAAAACCGCAUCACAAAGCCUGUGUGGCUCAGAAACCACAUCCGCACUUUUGUCACUUCGUCUGUUCCCGACUGAUGAGCCAUUAAAAAUAAACUUCCGCAGAGAUGAGAGCACCCAAAGUGUCUCCAUGUCUGUGGUCUUGACACUUGAUCCUCCGAAACAUUUUGAAAAUGCGAGUGAAAUCGUUCCGUUUGAGCUGGAAGAUAGCCUUGAUUUACCUAUUGGUAUGAUAAACAUGUCGUUCAAGUGCAAUUCUCAACAAGAAAUGGUAUUUAACCAGGACCCUGGGUACUCAAUGUCAAUGAAAAUAACAAAUCUUCAUGUACAGGCGUAUGAUAUAGAGAACGGAACGUUUAGUCCAGCAAUAGAAUGUGAUCAGGACUUUGCAACAACAGACCAAACCACUACACCUACCCCUGCUUCAACGAUGGAAGAACAAACAACAGAACCCAUAAACCCGACAACAACUAUGAAGACUGAAACAACACCUGAAACACCAGCUACCAUUGUACCGGAGACAACAACGCCGGAAACAAACGCUACUUCCCCGGAACCGGAACCGGAAACAACCACUCCCACUCCGGAACAGGAAACAACCACUCCGGAACCUGUGCCAACUACUACACCGAAACUUAUUCCUAAAUACGAGGUAAAAGACGGGGAUAAGGUAUGCGUUCUGGUUCAAGGUGAAAUCAAGUUCAACAUUAAUUAUGAACGAAACGAUAAUAAGACUGAUACUCAAAACAUACCCUUGCCUGAAGAUGCAAAGGUCACCGGACAAUGUAAUUAUAAUGGAACUAACACAACCCAAGAGUUCAAGGUCAGCUUCUUCAAUGACAAAUGGAGCUUUAGUGCCUUCAUAUCGCAAGAUGAGGAAAACUUGUUGAAAAGCUCUGGUUCAUUACUGCAGGAUCUCAAAGCCGAGCCUUCCUAUUCGUGGAAAAAGAUACAAUUAACAUAUGUUGUAGAUACAGAACAUUUCGAUGAGCCUAAAGAAUCCGAUAUUGGAAAAGAACAGACUGUCAUCAAAAAUGAGGACCAGGGAGUCUUCAGGGCCAGUGACGAAGGAUCUUACAAAUGUAAUACAGUAGAAACUGUAGAAUUAGAUGAAGAGGUUUCCAUGGAUUUGGAAAACUUUCAAUACAAAGCCUUUGGCACAGAUGAAUCAGCAGAUUUUCCUAAUAACGAUGUCUCUGAAUGUGCUGCAGACAAAGGGGGUGACGAUGAUGACGAUGACGAUCAUACAGUUGCAAUUGUUUUAGGGUCUGUCUUCGGAGGAUUGGCAUUUAUCAUAUUGAUUGUUGUCAUAGGAGUGUGUGUGAAAAGACGAAAGCAACGAGACUAUGAAGUUAUGUAACAAGAUGAACGGAAUCACAUUAGAUUUCGCUCAAUCUAAAGCUAUUAAUACACAAUGUAUAAUGAUAAAGUAAUAGGUAGGGGAAGUGAAAAGAAACAAUGAAUGUUUUGGACAACACUUGAUUACUUUUUGCAAGAAUUAAAAUGUGUUACUUCAAUAUGUGUAAAUAACAUUAUGCUAAUAUUUAAGUCUUUGAUCCGUGUCUAAUAAUUUCUCUUGUGACAAACUUUUGUCGAUUUUUUGUUUUGGGUUUAACGCCGUUUUUCAACAGUAUUUCAGUCAUGUAACGACGGGCAGUUAACCUAACCGGUGUUCCUGGAUUCUGUACCAGUACAAACCUGUUCUCCGCAAGUAACUGCCAACUUCCCCACAUGAAUCGAGGUGGAGGACUAAUGAUUUCAGACACAAUGUCGUUUAUCAAAUAGUCACGGAGAACAUACGCCCCGCCCGAGGAUCGAACUCGCGACCCCGUGAUCCGUAGACCAACGCUCUUACCUACUGAGCAAAGCGGGUGGGCUAAACUUUUGUCGAAUGUAAUCGAAUGGGAAAUAUGAUUAGACUUACUACUUAAAUAUUCAAAAAUAGAAAAAAAGUAAAUGAUUAUCCCCGCUAGCGCUAUAUCAAUCUCUGUCGUCACAAAUAUACCACGUGACCAUAAAAAUCAGACGACCUUUAAAAAUGAAAUUCAGAUGUUAUUUCCUUAUUUUCGAAUUAUUUUUUUCAUACUAUCACCCACAUUAGCAUUUAGUCUCAUAAAAAUAUUCGAAGCAAGUUCAAUAACUAAAAUCUGAUAUCAGUUGAUGAAAUAAAUGUUGAUUGGCUAGAUGUGCAAUUAUGUGAUAGUAUUUUAAAUUAGAAACCUGGGUCAUUCGGUUGACAAUGUUUUGCAGGUUUAAAUACAUGUUUUCUAUAUAAAAUUUCAAUUAGAUAUUGUCCGUUCAUAGCGUUAUCACCGCUUUCAGAAGUGACAAUCUCUGCGCAGGUAUGAAGCACGUGUGAAGCUGGCUUUCCACAAACCGGUUAUAACCCGCUACAUUAAUUAACUGGUAACUGUUCGUUCCAAUGCAAUAAAUAUUCCUCCAUGUUUCUCUCAAGAAUAUUCAUCAAAAACAGCAAAGUGUAAAUUGUUGAA